AUGGCAUCGUCAGUUCCUGGACCAGUUCAACUCCCCGAGUCCAAAUUUGACCUCGGCACCUACUGGGGUAGAGUGAAGCAUUGUGCAGGUAUUUCAGAUCCCAGCAUGUUGCUUAACACUCAAAAGGAUAUAGAGAACGCCAAACUUUUGAUCUGGGACUACAAGAACGGCGUUGUGCCAUCUAUGACCCCAGCGCUUUGGAGGGCGAAGAGGGUUCUCGAUUCGACUUUGCACCCAGACACUGGCGAGGUUGUCUUCCUUCCAUUUAGAAUGUCAUCGUGUGUUCUCAGUAAUCUCGUGGUUACUGCUGGUAUGCUCACACCAAACUUGGGGCAAGUCGGAACUUUGUUCUGGCAGAUUGCCAACCAAUCGCUCAACGUGGCAGUGAACACUGCCAACGCGAACAAAUCGCACCCUAUGACGACCCAGCAACUGGUGACCAACUACCUGAUGGCCGUUACCGCCUCGUGUUCUGUGGCCCUCGGCCUUAAUGCCUUGGUACCCAAACUGAAGUCUGUCUCUCCUAAUACCAAGCUGAUUUUGGGAAGACUGGUGCCAUUUGCAGCUGUUGUGUCUGCUGGUGUUGUGAAUGUGUUUCUGAUGAGAGGUGAGGAGAUUAGAAAAGGUAUCUCAGUUUUCGAUAAGGACGGAAACGACUUGGGUGUUUCCAAGAAGGCUGCCCUUCAGGCUGUUGGUGAAACUGCUGCUUCGAGAGUCAUAAAUGCUACACCCGUCAUGGUUAUUCCUCCUUUGCUGUUGGUUAGAUUGCAGAAGACUGUUCUGAAAGGAAAAGGUAUGGGAGUCCAGACGUUUGCUAAUUUGGGAGUCAUCUUUGGUACGGCCUUAGCUGUGCUACCCUUUGCAUUGGCUGUUUUCCCUCAGAGAAGAGUGGUUUCUGUCUCGUCGUUGGAGGAAAAAUUUCAUUCUUUGAAAGAUAAAGAAGGCAAGUUGAUCACCACUGUUGAGUUCAACAGAGGUAUAUAA